CAGGUGUACGAGGAAGGUUAAGCUCGGACUGUAGCUGCUUGCCGUACCAGUUCUCCUGCCCUCGCUUGACGGAGGACGCGGAGUGUAUGUGUAUCCCUCUUAAAUGGAGAUGCGAUCAAGAUGAUGAUUGUGGGGACAAUGGAGAUGAGAUAGAUUGUGAGCGUCCCACGUGUAAGGAGUCAGAGUUCAGCUGUGGUACUGGUGUAUGUAUCCCAUCAGACUGGGUCUGUGAUGGAGACUAUGACUGUAAAGAUAAUUCAGAUGAAGCAGAAUGCUCACGUGUAGAAUGUGAAGGGGAGGACCUGUUUAGGUGUAACAAUGAUCACUGUAUCAGAAGUGCAUUCGUUUGUGAUGGUGAUAAUGAUUGUAAAGAUGGAUCAGAUGAAACUUGCAUGACGGUAUGUAGUGAGGGUGAGUUUACCUGUGACGGAGGGGGCUGCAUCGAUGAGGCAUGGAAGUGUGAUGGUGAUAGAGACUGCAGCGAUGGAUCCGAUGAAAAGAACUGCUCCCACCACGACACAGGAGCCUGCACACAAGGUCAAUUCACAUGUAACACAGGCCAAUGUAUUCUAAUGCAUUAUAUGUGUGAUGGGGAGAGAGACUGCGAUGAUAAUAGUGAUGAAGAUCAUUGUGCUAACAUUACAUGCAGAGAUAAUGAGUUCCUGUGCGCUAAUAACAUAUGCAUCACAGCGCAGUGGUAUUGUGACGGUGACUAUGAUUGUGAGGACCAGUCUGAUGAGCAGAACUGUCCGGUAACAACGUGUCUGUCCAACCAGUUCCAAUGUGCUUCAGGGCGGUGUAUUACAGCAGCCUGGGAAUGUGACGGGGAGAAUGAUUGUGGAGAUAAUAGUGAUGAGGAAUCUUGUAGACCAACCCUAUGCAACGUAAACCAAUUCAAGUGCAAUAAUAAUCGUUGCGUAGGGAACAGGAAAGUUUGUAACGGUCGAGACGAUUGUGGUGACGGUAGUGAUGAGUUAGUUGAACCGGAUGGACCAUGCAAUAUUAUUGAUCCCUUCUCAUCAUGUGGUUCCGAUAAUGGAGGUUGUGAACACACAUGUACAGAUGUCAGUUCAGGUGUUCGCUGCUCCUGCAGAGAGGGCUAUACAUUGGAUAUCAAUGGAAAGACUUGUAGAGACAUCAAUGAGUGUCUCGUGGAAGGCAUCUGCAGCCAGGUAUGCACCAACACCAGAGGUUCCUUCCUCUGCACCUGUGUGGAGGGUUACGAACUACGACUCGACGGCAAGACAUGCAAAGCCCAGGGUCCAGAACCCUACCUCCUCUUCGCAAACCGCAUCGACAUCCGGCGGCUGGAGCCUCUGCAUUCCAGCUUCACCCCGAUCCUGAGAGGGCUAGAGAACGCCAUCGCCCUUGAUUAUCAUAUCGAGCAGCAGCUGGUGUUUUGGUCGGAUGUGAGCUUGGAUAGCAUCAAGAGGGCGUACCUCAAUGGCACGGAAGUCAUGGAUGUCGUUUCCACGGGAUUAGAGAGUCCAGGUGGAGUGGCAGUCGACUGGAUAGGUAAUAAACUAUUCUGGAGUGAUUCAGGAACGUCCAAGAUUGAAGUGUCACAUCUUGAUGGUUCCUCACGCUCAGUUCUUAUCUGGGAAGGUCUGGAGAAACCAAGAGCUCUGGCUUUACAUCCUGUCAAAGGCAUGAUUUACUGGACAGACUGGGGAAGUCUGCCUAAGAUCGAGAGAGCCAACAUGGACGGUUCCGGGAGACAGGUCGUCGCUGAUACAACGCUCUUCUGGCCCAAUGGUCUUACUUUGGACUACGCAACUGACAAACUGUUCUGGGCGGAUGCCAAGCAUCACUCUAUUGAGAGUGCUAACCUGGAUGGGAGCGGGAGAAAGAUCGUCAUUAAUCAAGGUCUGCCACACCCAUUUGCGAUCACCCUGUUUGAGGAUUACAUUUACUGGACGGAUUGGCAUACUAAGAGUAUCAACACGGCUAACAAGUUCACUGGGACAGAUCUAACCAUCAUCCAAGGGCAGCUGCAUUUCCCUAUGGAUAUACAUACCUUCCAUCCUCAGAGACAACCUAAUGGGAGUAAUCUCUGUCUGAUGUCUUCGUGCAGUCAUCUAUGUCUGCAGAGAGGAACAAUAGAUAUCACCUGUGGCUGUCCUACUGGUUUCAAACUCAUCAAUAGGACUCACUGUGCUGAGACUAUUGACAGCUACCUCCUGUUCAGCAGAGAAACCGACAUCAGACGGAUCUCCUUUGAUACGGACGACGGCUCCGAUGUCGUGUUGCCCUUGUCUGGUCUCAAACAAGCGGUGGCGCUAGACUGGGAUGAUGUUGAUGGGGGUUUUGUCUACUGGGGCGACGUGAGCACCAAUAAGAUCAACCGGGCUCGUUGGAAUGGAUCAGAGCAAGAAAUGAUCCUAUCCAACAACAUGGACAGUCCUGCUGGCUUGGCCAUAGAUUGGAUCACCAGUAAAAUCUACUGGACUGAAGCCACUAAUAACCGCAUUGAGGUGGCUAACGUUGAUGGUUCUAUGAGAUCGGUCCUGAUCUGGGAGGACCUGGACCGGCCGAGAGAUAUCAUUGUAGACCCAAUCUCAAGCUUGAUAUAUUGGACAGAUUGGGGAUCAGACCCCAAGAUUGAGCGCUCCAGUAUGGAUGGGUCUGAACGUCGGGUCCUGGUCUCCUACGGGCUGUUCUGGCCUAAUGGGUUAGUCCUGGACCGGGAUGAACAGAGGUUAUACUGGGCUGAUGCUGGGACUAAGAGAAUCGAGUUUACCAGUCUAGAUGGAAGUUAUAGAGAGAUUCUUAUCAGUCUGAAUGUCCCUCACCCAUUUGGCUUGGCCAUUCACAAUGACCAAAUCUACUGGACGGAUUGGGAGAGAAAGAGUGUUGAAAGAGCCAAUAAGAUGACUGGUCUGAAUAGGGAAACUGUCAGAGCUGGACUGGAGGACUUGAUGGAUAUCAAAGUAUUUCACCACAAUCGACCAACAAGAACCAGUCCAUGUGACGUCAACAACGGCGGGUGCAGCCAUCUUUGUCUUCUCUCUUCAUCACCUGAGGGGUUCACCUGCGCCUGCCCUACCGGUAUCAUGCUUGGCGAUGAUGGCUUCACCUGUAACCAAGAUCUUGAUAAGUUCUUGGUAUUUGCUCAUAAGACUGAUGUCCGAAUAGUCUCCCUUGAAACCCAGUAUGCUGUUGAUGUGGUGUCACCAAUUGACGAAAUUACAAAUGCAGUGGCAGUUGAUGUCGAUACAGUCCAACGCAAGCUGUACUGGGCAGAUAAGAUCACCCAUACAAUCAUGCGGUCAAGCUUGAAUGGCUCGGACGUUGAAACCGUCCUGGACACCUGUUUGGACACGGUGGAAGGAAUCACCGUGGAUAGCGGCGGUCAGAAACUAUACUGGACAGACGCAGGCAGGAAGAGGAUAGAGGUAGCUGAUGUGAACGGAUCAAACAGGAAAGUCCUGGUGUGGAGGGAUCUGGAAGAACCACGCGGGAUUGCUCUGCAUACUAAGAGAAGAUUAAUGUUCUGGUCAGAUUGGGGAUCACGACCUCGCAUUGAACGAUCCUCCAUGGAUGGCACGAGAAGACAAGCAAUCGUCACUUCCAACUUAGAAUGGCCUAACGGGGUCUGUGUCGAUCAGACUAUUGAUAGGAUAUUCUGGGUUGAUGCAAGGACUGAGCGUGUGGAAUCCUGCGCUCUGGACGGCAGCUCACGGAGGCUCCUCGUCUACGAUGGCGUCAGUCACCCGUACGGUCUCACCGUCCUGGAUGACUAUAUCUACUGGACAGACUGGGAUACCGGUGCUAUUCAUCGAGCUGAAAAGCAGGAUGGGGGCGGGGCCAUCGACAUCUUGGGAAACUUUGAUAGUUUGAUGGACAUCAAGGCUGUCAACAUGCAGGACAAAGGGGAGAAUGUUUGUGGGUCUGAUAAUGGUGGAUGCAGUCAUCUCUGCUUACCGAACCCACAGGGUUACUCCUGCGCCUGUCCAACUGGUAUCAUCAUAAAUCAAGAUAAUAGGACGUGUCCUGAUGUCCCCUCCACAUUCCUCCUGUUUGCCAACAGUCGCAGCAUCCGACGUAUCUCCAUGGAUACACCCGACCACACCGACGUUUCUCUUCCGUUUGAGAAUCUUGGGAAUGCUGUAGCUUUGGACUUUGAUAGCAUCGAUAGAAAGAUUUACUUUACUGACGUCCUCUCAGAUAUUAUUGGCCGAGCUGAUUACGACGGUCGGAACAUGGAGGUGAUUGUUUCUGAAGGCCUGGAGACCACCGACGGCAUCGCUGUGGAUUGGAUUGGUAGGAACAUGUUCUGGACUGAUGCGGGUUAUAAUCACAUUGCAGUAGCCAGACUGGAUGGUAGCUCCCGUAAGGUAGUGGUGUCGUCAGGUCUUCAUGAACCAAGGGCUAUAGCUCUCUUUCCUUCCAGUGGGUAUAUGUUUUGGAGUGACUGGGGAAACCAUCCAAAGAUUGAGAGGGCGCACUUCGAUGGCACCGGACGACGCACCCUGAUAAACACUGAUCUUGGCUGGCCUAACGGUCUCACCAUCGACUACGCCAUGCGCAGGCUCUACUGGGUGGAUGCCUAUCUUGAUAAGAUCGAGACGGCAGAUUUCAGCGGGAAGUUUAGAGUCGUUUUGACCAGCAAUGUGACUACCCAUUCCUUUGGUUUGACCAUGUUUGGAUCACAUCUUUUCUGGACCGACUGGCAGACCAAUACAAUUGAGACUGUGGAGAAGACUACAGGCAAAGAUGUGGUCACAUUCCAGAACAAUCUAGAUUCCCUAAUGCACAUCCAAAUGGUGUCCCCUCUCAGGCAGACUGGCACAAACCCAUGUGGUGUGGAUAACGGUGGUUGUAGUCAUCUUUGUCUAGCCAGACCUCAGGGCUAUGUGUGUGCUUGCCCUGAUGAACCCGAUGGAAGGACAUGUUCACUGACACCCGGAGCCAUCGAUGUCAACGAGACUCCCAAACCAUCGCCAGGUAGUACGACCACCAAACACCAACCAGGCCCCGUCAUCACCCAGCCACCAAGACCAGGAGGUACUGACAAGCCCCCCAAAGGACCGGUAGAGAUCACCCUUGAUCCUGGUAAUGGUGACCCAUGGAAGAUCCUCACUACUGUUAAACCUAUGAAGACCAACCUUCUCGGUGCUCCUCAUGGAUGUUCGCAAGAAGAAGAGGCGCUGGGACUUUGUGACGACGGGGUCCAGGCUUCGAAUAAGAAUGGUUAUCGUAUGUUGUAUACCUACAUCGUAGUGGGUGUUUUAGCGUUCCUCAUCGUUGCUGUGUUACUCAUGCUGGUUAUAUUGUGGAGGAGAAGCAGGAGAAGAAGGCGGCGAUGUCGUCUCGACAGUCGCAGCAAUUUCUACAAUCCUCGUUACAAUCAUAUGACCAAUGAAGUUAUGAUUGAACCACGGAUUACAAGGGCGUGGAUAUCAUACUCUACACCAGUGAGCAGGGAGCAUUCGCAUAGCUCCAGUGGUAGCCUGCCCAACAAAGUAAAUAACGAGGAGCUUGACAAAAUGCUGCCCCCUCCUGUUUCGUUUGGAGCAAUGUCCUCCUGUCAGGUACCAUGUGCGGUGCCAUACGGUGCCGCCGCACCAUAUGGUGCCACUGCACCGUGUUACUACGACCCAAGGCCGUGUGAGAGACCGAAAAAUGUGAACCUCGACUCUUGCGGCAGCGGGGCAUUCUCGUCUUUUCGGGACUUAAAAAUAACGGAGAAUAAACUCCAUAAAUUCACAGACAAUAAUUGUGAAUAGCAAGUCGUCAGUAUGUGUGUGUACAUAUUUAUAGAUUAAGCUGCAUUUUGUAUGGACGACAUCAGAACUGUGAAAGACAGCUUUUAUUUAAACUUUUUUUGUGCAGUAUUCGAGGAGACUUUCCUCUUUAUGUUAUUGGAGAUUUAACAAGGGCAACUCAGCUCUCUAUCUUGACUCUCUUUCAAUGUGCCUUGAACAUUGUGAAUGACUAAUGUUUAGAUUCUCUCACAUCCUGAUGCCUAAUAUAUCUACUUCUGAAUUCUCCUGGAGCAGCUGGAUUCGGGCUGGAGACAGGUCUCCAAAACACACCCAUCGACUCCUGCAGAUAACCCUUGGAUUUGAAACUAAAAGCUUGAACCUUUGAACCUUGAUCAGUUGAUCCCUUGCGUCACUCUUUCGAAAUUAAAAUAGGAUAGUAGAGCAGUCUUCCUGAAGAUUCCUCUUGGUUUAUUACGUCCUCAAUUAUCCUGGAGCAGCUGGGUUCAACUGCUGCAGAUAACCCUAGGAUGGGAAAUUCAAACCUUGAACCUUGAAGAGAUGAUCCCUUACAUAGCUCUUUCCAAGCUAAACUAGCUUUUAUAGGGUCAUAGAGCGGCCUCUUCUACUAUUCCUGAAGGCUUAUCAUCUUCUUUUCUACUAUCCUGGAGCAGCUGAAUUAAGACUGCAGACAGGUCUCCAAGAUAUCCCAUUGACUCCUACUGAUGGACCUACGUCAAGAAACUCAAAGAGCAAAUCGUAAGCAAGAACCUCUGAGACAGGACAUAAUGCUACACUAGGUGUUACCCAUUUACCUCACCUGGGUCGAGUGUGUCAAAUAUAGAGUAACACCUUGCCAGCAAAGGAUGUAAUUGAUGUGCCCGGACUUGAACCCUUAACCUUGGAUACAUAUCCACACUCGUCACCACAGCAUCUCUAUGCUUAAACCAUUAGACCUUGUAAUCAUCUCUUAUGCAUCCGUAUUCAAUAUGCAUGGAACAUCCGCUUUCCAAGUCAUAUGCAAUUUUCUUACUUAUUCAUCACUAUUAUCAUUUUCUAUUUGAUACCAUUAUAAUUAUUGUAAAUAAACAUUGGACUAUUGUUCAUGUACGUUUGAUCAGCACAUCACUGCCUGCGAGUGCUUUGACCUAUUCAUUUUUUAUACUGUGCUUACUUCAGCAUUAAUUUACUUGAUGAAAAGUGAGCUAAUGCUAUAUCACUGCCAAUGGUGAACAGUGUAAUUGUUUUAACGUAGAGCAAAUUAGCAAUUGUGUUGUUUGUUUUGUUCAGUUGAUUCAUGUAAUUGAUUGGACUUAUUACAUGUAGAUCGAUUCAAUUGAUUAUAAAACUUAUCGAUGGGAAUGUUAGUUGUAACUGAGCCCAGAUAGGAUUGGCUUUAGCCUGUUAAUGGAAAGUUGCUAUUAACAAAAAUCAAUUUUAAUUUUAGAUCGAUUACAAUUCUGUUAUAGUGUUGAUUGCAAUUGUUCUCACAAAAUUAGCACCCAGCCAAAGUAAGCUAUUAUAGUAAUUUCUGGCGAAAAAGAUUUGAAAAUUAAAAAGCUUUUGCAAAGUUUCCCACAUUUGUGUUAAAUAAUGUAACUUUGAGAGUUGUUACUAUACAUGUUCUUGUUCUUAAAGGCUUUUAUAAUAUUGUAAUAAUCUAUGUUGCAUAUGAGCAGUUGAUAAAGUGUGUUUACUGCAUUCGUAUGAGCUGGAUUCAUUAUUGUACAUUGACUUGCAUUUACAUUAUUAUGUUAUGUACCAGAGUUGUUGGAAAGAUUGGUAACACUUCUUUGCAUUGCGUGCAGUGUUGAUGGUGCAGUGACUGUAUAAUAGGAAUGACAUGCGCUCACUCUGAGCCUUGAAAAAUAUGAUUAUUGGCGUGACUAAGGUGAAUUAACCUUCUCUUUAUAUCAUUUCCUUUUGAGGUUUUAAACAAAUUACCACAAAGCAGAAUUUUCAUGAAUAUUUGGCAGCUUUAAUAUCAAAGAUUUAUUUAGCAUGAAUGACUUGAAAUUCAUGGAAAUAGCUAGGAACUGAGUAAACUACAUACUCAUUUAGAUCAGCUCACUCAAAUUUUGCACUAAAGUUUGUUUAUUUUCUUUUUCAUCAGUACUGAUUAAGAUUUUGAAUAAUCAUGUAAUCAUAUAAUUGACUUUAUUUUUUUAAUGAGAGAAAAAAGUCUAGAUUUUUUUGGAGAGAAGUUGAAAAGAUUUCAUACCAUUUACAUGUACAUUUAGCACUGUGAUCUUCUUAUGACUACAUGUAUGUCAUAUACAUUAAAAAGAGGAAAGUUUGAUGUCAUGGAGAAAUGAUAUCCCCUAUAUCUAAUUAAAUGUGAAUAAUACUAAUUGUUUUUAUACUAGGAGGUAAAAAAAAAAGUUGAUUUGCAAUACAUGUGGGUUAUCUUUACUGCAUGCCUGGUUGUGUUUGGGUUAAACUAAAAUAUGAGCUUUUAUUAGAUUAUUUCUAACAAAACUACAAAAACAUUUUUUAAAUAUCUUUUUAAGUUAAAGAAACAACUUGAUUCUUGCCAUUUUUAAGUCCAAAUGUGGUUACAUGCAUUUGUAAGACUUUUAUUCUAACAGAAAACUCUCAUGCAGUUGGCUUGAGAAAGUCCACAGGCGUGGACGAAAGCUCGCCCCAAAUUAUCAUUAGGUUGGUUGAAGCUUAAAAAUUAUUGAACUUUUAUUCUUGCUUUAAUACAUGAAUGUUGCCUGUAUUUUUCAUUACAAAGAUUGUGAAAAGCAAAUGUCUGUAUUGUUUAAGGCAAUUGAAGUACAAUAAGGUUUUUUUUUCUUCAUUUGUGUGGAAAGAAAAUUAAUGGAGGAAUUUGCAGUUUUGGGGACACCAUGAAACAAUAAAACAUGUGUUUGUUUGUUUGUUGUAUUGCUGUUGAUAUUUUAUAAGAAUUCAGAUUUGUAAACAUGUAGUUGUUUUCUGAGAUCUUAUAACUCUGAACAUUUUUAUUCAUUUUUAAAUAUGUGUGCAAGAUCUACUUGGGCGGAUUCCAUUCUUUGGGAUUUUUAGGAGAUUGUUAGCUAAGAUUUAUAUUUUUCCAUUGUAAAAUCAAAAGUGUAUAUUUUGUAUUUUUUUUAAAGCUAAAUAGAGUAUCUUAUAUUUUGAUGAACAGUGAAAAAAAACAUAUGUUUUCUAAUUUACAUCUAAUGAAAAUGUUUUGUAAAUUUUUAUCAUGUUUAAAUCUAAAGAGCAAGACAUAAAUUGUGUUUUUUAUUGUUUUAUCAAGCAAAAAUGAACAGUUCAUUCAAAGUUACAGAGUUAAUUAUGUUAUAUGUAAACUAAUAAAGAGUAUGGGUAGCUUGUGCUACACCAGUUUUUAUAUUGAGGUCAAUUUAAUAUUGAGUUAAAUGCAGUGUUAAUGCUUAAGCACAUUGCAUUGUGUGCAUUUUAAUUAAGAAUUCUGAAAUAUUUAUGAAGUUUAAACUUUAUUAAGAUUCACUUUGAUUUUUUCCUGAAGCCGUAUACUACUUCUUUGUUUACUGCUGUAAAAGUUUAUUUCAAAGAUGUGAUAUAUUUUUUAAUCUAAUAUUCAUUUCAAAGUUUUUAAAGCCACAGAUGUUUGGUACAAAAAAAGGGAGAAUUUUGAAGGCUUUAUAUUUACUAGUAGUUAAUGUCUUGAUUAAAAGAUAUUUCAAACAAAGUCAUUAGAAAAGGCUACUCCUGUAUGAAUAUUACCGAAGCAAAAGGAAAAAGAACAAAUUGUUUCCCCUCAGAAAAGGAAUUUGAUAUUCAUGAAAAAGUAUUAGAUCUGGAGAAUUAUCAUUCUAAUUUUGCCCUUUUAAUUUAAAAUUAUUGUAAAUUUUUUUUCUUUUUCUUUUUGCUAAUUCAAAUGAAACUUGAGAAGUUAUUUUUAAUCUUGACCAAUAUCAGUGCUUGUGUUUUGACCAAAUUGGCAACAAUUUUGGACUUAGCUGUGUGUACUAAGCCAAGUUACACUGCCUUGAAAAAUCAACAGUAUUAACAUUUAUAAUCGAUAUGUAUUCUACUUUGACUAAUUCUCCUCCCACCAUUACCUUGUAAUCUACCCAAGGGGGUGUGUUUCACAAAGACGUGUUUUGGUGCCAGUGUGAUGCAUAUUAUCUCAUUGAUGAAUGUGUCUCCUGAUUUUGAGCUGACCAAUGUGUUAAUGCAUUGGGUACCAUAUGCCAAUGGACUUGAAGUAAGAUUUUUUAAGUCAGACUUAAAAACUUGUGAAACAUUCCCCCUCCCCCACCCCCAGACAUGCCAUUUCUUAAUCCCUUCCAUAUUCAUAAACUCGUAUGUAUUUGACUUUUGAUUAUUAUUUGUAAAUAUUCAAAGCAAAGUGAUCUGUAUAUUUUGUUUGCAGUCUAUUUUAUUUCUUAUGUAUAGAUUAUGUAUUUUUUAACGGGUAUUGCUGGAAUAAAUAUUAGUUUUGCUUGUAAAAAAUGAAUGCAUAUUUGAUAAUAGAGACAAGAUGUACAAUUUCGUUACAAGUUAUAUAGAAAUAUAUUUUAUAUAUAUAGCGAUCGCAGGUUGAGAAGGAUGCUACAGGGUGGGUAAAAAACAACAACCAACUUUCAUGAUUUUUUAUGAGAGCAUUAACAAGUGGAUAAUUGUGAAUAUAUGCUUUGAAAUUGAGACUUCUCAGCAUUCCAGAGACACUUGAGUUUGGUUUCUAUAACCAUGCAUCUUAGCACCAUUGUUCUUAGAACGUUCUGCAAUCUAGCCAGUGAUUCUUUUCCUUUGCACAUUAAAUAUCGGUUGGCAGUUUGUGAGUGCGCACUUAUGAACAGUUAGUUAUGCAUUUUCUGUAUCAUCAGUUAUACUUGAUAUUUUG